CCGGCUCCUCGUUUUGUUUCGUAAUUAAGAUUUGUAAUUGCUGGCUAGAAUUCGGAAGUGGUGGUGUUGAGGACUGAAGUCAUGGCAACCGUGAAGUGGUCGGAUUCGAAAGGCAUGCACUCAUGGUGGUGGAACAGCCAUAUCAGCCCUAAAAAUUCUAAAUGGCUCCAGGAGAAUCUAACAGGUAUGGAUAUUAAAGUCAAGCAAAUGAUCAAGCUCAUCGAAGAAGAUGCCGAUUCCUUUGCCAGGCGAGCAGAGAUGUAUUACAAGAAACGCCCGGAGUUAAUGAAAUUGGUAGAAGAGUUAUAGAGCGUACCGUGCAUUGGCUGAAAGAUAUGAUCAUGCGACCGGGGUCCUUCGCCAGGCUCAUCAGAGCAUGGCAGAAGCAUUUCCGAAUCAAGUUCCCAUGGCAUUUGCAGAUGAUACACAAGGAGGUUCUGCUGCCGAGGUGAUCUUUGCCAAAGAAUCCGAAUCUUCGAUUCUCAGAAAGGGUCCGAGA